AUGCCACCCAGAAUUAGACGCUAUGCCACCCAGACAUCUAGACGCUAUGCCACCCAGACAUCUAGACGCUAUGCCACCCAGACAUCUAGACGCUAUGCCACCCUGACAUCUAGACACUAUGCCACCCUGACAUCUAGACACUAUGCCACCCUGACAUCUAGACACUAUGCCACCCAGACAUCUAGACGCUAUGCCACCCAGACAUCUAGACGCUAUGCCACCCAGACAUCUAGACACUAUGCCACCCAGACAUCUAGACACUAUGCCACCCAGACAUCUAGACACUAUGCCACCCAGACACUAUGCAGACACUAUGCCACCAGACAUCCAGACACUAUGCCACCCAGACAUCCAGACACUAUGCCACCCAGACAUCUAGACGCUAUGCCACCCAGACAUCUAGACACUAUGCCACCCAGACAUCUAGACACUAUGCCACCCAGACAUCUAGACACUAUACCACCCAGACAUCUAGACGCUAUGCCACCCAGACAUCUAGACACUAUGCCACCCAGACAUCUAGACACUAUGCCACCCAGACACUAUGCCACCCAGACAUCCAGACACUAUGCCACCCAGACAUCUAGACGCUAUGCCACCCAGACAUCUAGACACUAUGCCACCCUGACAUCUAGACGCUAUGCCACCCAGACAUCUAGACACUAUGCCACCCAGACAUCUAGACACUAUGCCACCCAGACAUCUAGACACUAUGCCACCCAGACAUCUAGACACUAUGCCACCCAGACAUCUAGACGCUAUGCCACCCAGACAUCUAGACGCUAUGCCACCCUGACAUCUAGACACUAUGCCACCCUGACAUCUAGACACUAUGCCACCCAGACAUCUAGACACUAUGCCACCCAGACAUCUAGACACUAUGCCACCCAGACAUCUAGACGCUAUGCCACCCAGACAUCUAGACACUAUGCCACCCAGACAUCUAGACACUCCACGCAGUGA